AUGAUAGGCACUGCUACCACUCCCAGCUGGCUUGAACGCCUGGAGGACCAAGUUAAUGUCGAUGUUGACUGGAUGGAUCCCGUCUUCAUUCAAAGCCUUCCUAUUACUCCCCAUGACAUGACCAGCAACCAGAUCCAUGUCCACGCGCAACUAGGGAACCCUAUAAACAAGGAGUUGAUUGCGGAGGUUGCUCGCGAAUACAAGGGUCGUGGCUGGUUGGCCAUCUACACUCGCGUUGCCGUCCUGCUGUGCAAGAAAUCCAUCGAUUACAUUUCCGGUCGCGUGUUGCUGCAGGUCUCCCCCUCCGAGGCAUACAAUGGUGAGAAGGUCCUUGAACACGCCCGGCUAUAUGCCCAGGAGUUCAAGUCGGUGGGCAUCUUCAAGGACCGCUUCUGCAUCAAGAUCCCCAGCACGGGUCCCGCGUUGAGCGUUUGCCCAUUCUUGCAAGCGGAAGGUAUUCAAACACUGAGAACGGCUUGUUUCUCGCUCGCCCAGGCCAUUGCGGCCAGUCAGGCUGGAUGCUUGUUUAUCAGCCCUUAUUUCAAUGAGAUCCGCGCGAAUCUUGAUCUCAGCCUCUGGCCCAACGUGGAAGAUCCUGCCUCGCAGCAUCCUUUCUCGGCCCGUCUUGUUCAGAUGUUGGAGACAUACCGUCGCCUGCAUAAGGAAACCGGCAAGAAGCAACCUCUCAUCAAGAAUGCUAACUUCAUCAACGCCAAGGAAGCUCUCGCGCAGGGCGAAAUUGGGGUCGACUCCGCCACCAUCUCGAAGGAAGUCCUGGAAGAGCUUCUCAAGCUACCCUACAAUGGCACCUGGCAACCUGAUGAGGGUGGCGUCCCAAAGCCUCAGUACCCCGGUCACCAGAACACGGUAGCCACUCCCAAGCGUCUUCAACAUCUGGCUAGCAUUGAUCCGCUUGUCGCGUCGUGAGACGGCAAGAUCGCUAGCACAGACGUCGACUAUCUGGCCAACAACGGUGCGGCCGUAGAAGAUGCUAUUAAGGCUGACCUUAUCGCCACCUCACGCUUGGCGGAUGCUCUCCAAUUAUUUACGAAGGUGGAAACCGAGAGUAAGGCCUUGAUCGAGAAGGCUCUAUUGGAGGUCUA